AUGAAUAUCCUGAAAACCUUUGUCGUACUCGUCAUUAUCGUAGGGGUCUACGCUGAAGACGAUCCCCGCUGUCCAGAAAACUGUGAAUACCAGCCAGUUGCCUGCGAAUGCGCUGUGUUCUUCCAAUGUCGUGACGGCGUCUACUCUGAGUACCGCUGUCCGAAUGGUCUCCACUUUAACGCCGCCACCAAGGCCUGUGACCGAAUUGAGAAUGCUGCAUGUUCCUUGGAGCCUGAAUUUUGCUGUGAAUGUAAGCAUAUAGGAGAGCCUUGCAAAAAGGACUAUAUUUUCCAGGACUACGACCGCUCCGUCCAAUAUACCGGGGAUGAAAAUUGUCUGAGGGAGACUCGCACGUGUGGACACGGAUUAGUAUGGAACCCAAAUGCAAAUGAUGUCGGAGGAAGCUGUGAUUUUACUCACAACAUUCCAAAUUGCAGAAACAAUACUAUUCAACUUUAA